UGUUGUUUGUUUUUAGGUUCGGUUCAGAGGCCUUGCAGAUACAAUCAGACUCCUUGGAUGUUUCUCCCUGGAGACCCAAGUSAUGGGCCCCUAUACUGGCGAACCUAAACCAGCCUUAAAGAAGCUAAACAGAAUGCUCUCAGCMAGCUCAGCACACUUACCUCUAAGUCCCACCCCCAGUAACGAUUCUGUCAGAUCCUCAGUAAUGUACGAUGGCCCCGUUGAACCCGAUCUUAGUUCUUCACCCCUACUCUACUCUGCCAAUGAAAUGUUUAAGAAUCUUUUUGAGAUGGCGACAGAUUCGUUUGGAUUAAAAGCUGGGAACUAUGGACCUACGUAUGCUAUGAAUGGCCAGCAAGUGCUGUUGAUAUACCAUUCUGGUGCCAUCACGGCUGUUGUGGAUUUGUUACCAGCUAUUUGUGAGGUCGUUGAGGAUGACGGGAAACCUGUUCCAAACACGGAUAACUGCCUCGAGUUACAGAUGUACUGGUUAAGCCAUCUCCAAUGUCUCUUACGAUCAGAACACAACCAGCAAGUAAUGUGUCAGGCAGGUUUACCACAGCAACUAUUACAGCGAUGUGAAGCAGCAUUUGUUGACGAGGAUCAUCCCUUGAAUGCUCCUUUGCAACGAAUGUUUGAAAGGCUGGCAUCACAGGCACUCACACCAACAGUGUUGAGGGAUUUUCUUCGCCUUGGUAAUCCACUUCUCUGCAGUACUCUAAUUCCACCCGAUGAAGAACCACGCCCAACACAGGAAGACCAACAAGACGAACCCGAUGGUCCAGCAGCGAACAUAACCACAGUAUCUGAAACCAUCCACACUGAAGAAAAACCAACYGAAGAGCAGAAAACUAUAAGGAAACUCUCUGAUGCAAUAACAAGAAAAAUAUCAGAYACAUCAUCACGUGGAAGGACUGAUUCUAGAUCUGAUAUGGGAUCCCUUGAAAAACGAACCCGUAGUUUGUCCUAUCGUGAUCCUAUGAUGAGCAUGAUUCACCCGAGCCCCGACUCAAGCUUCGGUGAAGAAUCGGAUUCUGAUGACGAUCGUGAUUUUGAGCUGUUGAUUGGUGAGGGAGAAGAAGGAAAAGACAACGAAACUAAGAAGGAUGAGAACAAUAGYUCCACCGAGUCCUCCCCUGGUGGGGGUCAGACAUCUCCUGAUGAAGACCCCCCUCCAAAGAGACCACCGCGAAAGAGGGACCACUUGCACCACGGUAGCCCAUUUGAAUCUAGCGAUAAAGUCUUUGCAGGUGCAAUCCCUGUACAGUCUUCAGGCAGUGGGGGGAAAACUACAGUCGUCGACGGUGUAGACGUUGAUACUGAUGUUGAUAGCCAACAAGAGGUGUCUACGAUUGACCAGGGCGAUGAUCUUGUUAUAGUGGAUGURUCUGGAAACAUUGCGCAAAACCCCUCAGUGAAUACCACACAAAUCAAUCCAGUACAAAGCGAAGAAGAGAUUGAUAUGGCCAGCCAAUCACAAAGCUUAACAAUUCAAACGAAUAGCCAAUCACAAGGMUUGGAAAUUCAAGGAAGUGGACAAUCACAAUCUUUGACACUUAAUGACCAAUCACAAGCCUCGAAAGAUGUCAGCCAGUCUGAAGACACUGAAAGUCUGGAAUCUGGAUCAAUUCAAGGUGCAGGAUUAUCGGAAAGCUUCAAAGACUCAUUAGGCAAAGACCUUGGAAGUGAUCUAUCGCGAAGAUCCUCUCAAAGUAGUAUCACAUCUCUAGAGAAUAGUCUUGAUAUGAGAGAAGGCAGCCACAAAGCUGCCGAGAUGAGUGUAGARGACAUYGAUCAACAGCUAAGRUUACACUGYGCMCAAGAACCAGACCUGCAAACCAUAAGCGAUGAAACUUCACAGGAACAYUCUUCAAGUGAAAGCCAAGCUGCUGAUGACGAAMCUGAAAUCCCRAAAGACAAGCCCGUCCCAUUGACUCGUAUAAAGUGCCUUGUUUCUAUGACGACGCCACGUGAUGCGCGUGCGCAUGGGGUCUCCUACUGCCCGUCGUUUGUGGAGUUUGAUAUGGGUGUAGAUGGGUUUGGUUGUCUUUUUCUKCCGGCGAUUGCUCCACAGGCUCUACCAGGGUUUUCAUCUGUUGGGUCAGUAGUUGGUAGCUCUGUAGUAGUCAGCGCAGUGCCUGGUAUUGGUACCGGGGAACGUCUGUUUCCACCUCAAGCCGGCCUGACCUUCACRUCAUGGGUGUGUGUCGAUAGGUUUAGUAGUCCAACUGACGACCCCCACCCUGUGAGGCUGUUGACUGUAGCAAGACACUUCCGCAGUGGGGAUGGGAAAGUACAGAUGUCACCUUGUUUGUCGCUUAGUAUCUCYCCAAGGGAUAAAAUGUUGGUAGUGCGAACAGAAGAGUCAGCCAUGGAUGAUACGGAUGAAAGUAGUGACCAGGCUCAACGCGAACACACAGAGGCSAGGUUYYUAAGCGAUCUUCUKUUGGAGGAAGGRCGUUGGCAUCACGUGAUGGUCGUCUUGAAUAAGGCUUUGAUUCGUAACAGUACAGCGACAUUGUUCAUUGAUGGGCAGCAUGUAGCUACUUCUAAGCUCAAAUACGUUCAAGCAAGUUUGGUAAGCCCAGACACGUCUACGGCUGUCAUAGCACCUUACAUUGUAGCAUACAUAGGAACACCACCAGCACAGAGAAGGUGCUCUAGGUUGCUAUGGAAACUAGGCCCCACGCAUUUGAUUGAAGAACCUUUACAACAGGGCACCGCAACAAAGAUGUUCCUAUUGGGACCAAACUAUGUAGGGAGUUUUCAGUCGCCAUGUUUUGAAGGRGAAUCGCUGCAUUCGACGGAGAGCUUAGAACCCUUGGUAUCUGGAGAUAAGGUCAUGUUCGGUAUCCAUGCGCAUGCUCAGUCAGUACUAUCCAUGGCCAARAUUAGAAAGCAUUUCAGAAAAUUAGACACAAGAGCUAUUGCUAAAGAGCUUGGCCUCAGCACCCAUGACAACACUACACCAGUACGACUAAUACAUAACACUGCCGCACACCUCCCUGGYUCGUCACGUACCAUAGGCUCUGUUCUGAUUGGUUGUUCAGGCUUGAGGACGUUUUGCCCGAAUCCUGUCACAAAGCUUAUAGAGUGCAUUGGUAGCGUGUCGUGUUUACUUGGACUUGUUGCUAUGGCUACUGGUGUGGAAGCGUUGUAUGCUUCGGUGAAAGCUUUGAGUUGUGUUUUAAGAAGUAAUCCAUCUUGUCGACGUGAUAUGGAUAGAACACGAGGAUAUCAGAUUCUUGCACUUUUGUUGCGCAAGAAAAAACAUCUUCUGAAUACCCACAUUCUUCACUUAACGUUCGCGUUAGUUGGAACCGUGGAUAGCGACCGCGAAUCGUCUAUAAUACCCAAUGUAUAUGCAUUUAGAGAUCUUUUGUGUGACCUUGAGGUAUGGCAUGAUGGCCCAGGAGACUUGGAACGAUCACUGUACGCACAUUUCUUAGAAUUACUUGGGCCUGGUAACGAGUCCCAGGCCAACGCGGACCUAAUGCAACGCUUAGGACUAGUGCCGAAGCUAUUAUUUACACUCCAAGACGAGACAGUAUCAGAUUCGACCGCGCACACAAUUGCCAGCGUCCUGUCUGUGUUGCUUAGUAACACCAACGAGGUUAAAAACCUUAUCAGGUUUGGACAAUUCCUUGCUUCUACUGUAUCGAGUUAUCACGUGAACGAGAACGAACUAAACYUGAACAAUGACAAGUCUCAUGUAGGCAGCAAACUCGACGACACUGAUGGAAGUAUGGCUGCUGAUAAUGUUACUCCUAAACGAAUAAGACUCAGAAAUGUUUUACUGGAACUGAUAUUGUGUCUUAUAUAUGGUGACGGUGGAUCUUUGGAUCACAGGUUUUCAGACGCCCUUCAAGAGACUCUUGGUUUUGAUUGGCUGUUACURUUUGUCCAUCCACACAUCCACAAGACAACGGUUGUGCGCGCAACUCGUAUCCUAGUAACCAUGCUAGGYAGUCCGGCAGCUUUGGAAAGGUUUAAAGAAGGCUUGAAYAAUGGAGGAUGGCUAACRGGGACGGAAAUGAUGUUGAUAAAGACACCAUAUGUUGUUGCUGGGUUCAAUGUUGGGGCCGUUUCUGAAUGCUCGGAAAACUACGAAAUCUGUCGGGAAGUGUGCAACGUUCCGGGUUUCACYAUGCUAUCGAGUCUUCUCCCAAGGCACGUCGACGUACCGGAAAUAUACCACUUAGUAAUUGCACUGCUGCUUGGUCACCCUGUGUCAGAUGUCUACGCAGGCGUACAGUUUGACUGGCAUAACUUGUAUUCAGUGUUUUGGUCAUCAACGUCAACUGGGGUGAAGACCACGCCCCCUAGUCCACGUGACCCUACUACGCAUUCCAUCUACUGYCCUGAUGCAGCCAUUGUGCUUUUGUCGAUGGCACGAACUAUGGUGAACGAGGAAUGGGARAAUACAGAAGARGGAUCRUGGCUGCGUGAAUAUCCCGUCACUCUGAUYCAGUUCUUGGUGUUUUUAUAUCGUAAUGUCGCUCAAUUUGGCGCUGUUUGUACUGAGAACAAGCAAGAGUUCUUAGAGAACCUCGUCGCCAUCUUGUUCCCAAAACGAAGACGUUUUCUGAGAUCUCAAGAGGUUAUGUCUGACAGUGAGGGGGAGGGAGAGACGUCAACUGAUCUGGUCUUUUCUAAAGAGAAAACUCUCCUCAUAACGCAUCCAGCCAAGAAGUACAUACUAGAAUUUCUAACGCUAAUUGUGACGGAUAGUUUGACUUGUACAUCGUCCAACAAGAAUCUUGGUGUUAUAGAUAUUAUCCUAGAGUCCUACCCACCGACGUCUAUGCAGCCACAACAAGCCGAGUUCCAAACAGAAGUAGUUUCAGCUCAGAUGGACUACUUUCUUGGGGGAAAUCUGCUGGCUAAUCCAUCUGCAGGCCACGGUAAYCAUGCCAAGAUUGUCUCGAAUGCUUUUACUUUUGCUUCGAAAGUCGUUGACAAGCUUUGGAUUGGAAAUUUCAAACUGAGCUACAAAGUGGUGUUCAACUUUAUCACGAGCAUUAUGGAAGCCGUAAAGGGUCAGUCUGUYUCUCUGGACAGUAUAUACCACUCACUGAACAGGACAAUACUGUACCAACUAUCGAGACCUCUAGCAAGACUAACUGAUCAAACCAGUCUUCUGGAGUUCCUACACAUCCUCACUACAAACCACAAAGUCAUUUUUGCGCCUGGGAACAACGAACCCGAAUUCAUCGCUGGGAUGUGCCAUUGGCUGCUUGUCAUGGGAACACAAAACAGAAGGGCAAGCGAACCAGUUACCAGUACUCCAGUCAAGGACAUGGACAGCGCGGCCAUCUCACAAGCAUUCGGGGCGGAAAGCGCCUUUGAGGCCCAAGAAUACUUCAACGAAGCUGCUGAGGAAGAGUCUAGUUGUAGAAGAUUGUUAGAGGCCGCUGCUGAGAGGGUCUGGGAUAUUUUUUUGCAGAACAAGAGAGAGGCAAUUGAUGACACUUUUAAGAUUGAACUUCCUAAACCAAGUUUCACUUCGUACAGCCCAAGAAUGCCUGAAUACAUGGUUGGAGGCAGUUCAAACCUCAAUUUGGACCUCAAGUCUCUAAGACCGCUGAUUGGCGAUGCUGCAAUGAGAGUGUGGGUAAAUUUCGUAUCUGCUGAAGAGAAACAUAAAGCUGAAGCCCUUGGUCAGCAGAAGCCCAAGCGUCGUACAGUCGCUCGUCUUACAUCAAGAAGAACAAAGAAGGACAAUCGUGACGUCAAAGGCCUGGCYAAAGAAUCGUUUCUAUGGACACCGAAGCACAUAAAAGUCGUGAAGGACAUGGUGCGACUACAGCAUAAAAACCAUCAACAGAAUUACCAACUUAUUUCCAAAUCAAUUGCUGAGAACUGGACMCUAAUGGAACGUGACCUCACAAGAGAACGAGGMCUGUGGGGACCCCCCAGGGGAUCAAGUUUAGACAAGUGGACUUUGGAUUUAGUAGAGGGUCCUCAUCGCAUGCGCAAGAAGAUGUGUCGUAACGAGCUGUUUUACGUUCAUUAUCCAUUUGACUUCAAGCUAGAACAGAGUCAGAAGCGUACAAGGUAUAAGAAAGCAAUAAGUUUUGAUAGCAAACGCUACUAUCUCCUGCGUGGACCAGCAUUACCAGGCAUUGGUCCAAUAGAAGCUUUACUACAGAAUGAAGUGUCCGAGAAGCUCAAGGUCACCCCUGCCCGAUCGUUGUCCGAGGAAACAAGUUAUGUCACAGAGACAAACGAGGGUUCUGAGGUUGAUAAUCAAACUAUUGUAAAACUACUUGAAGCAGGAGAAAGGAUACGUUCAAUGUACCGAUGUGCAAGAGUUCAAGGACUCGAUACAGCUGAAGGGCUCUUCCUUUUUGGACAGAAGUUCUUUUACGUAGUGGAUGGUGUGACGCUUCUUUCUACGAAGGAAAUCAAAGAUAUUGAUUCGCUUCCUCCUGGAACACAUGAUCCAAUCAUCCCUCGUAGUUCUCAUGAUAUAACCAAGUCAUUUGCUAAAGAAAGAAUGUGUAGUAAAUGGACAUAUGACGAUAUUCGUGAGGUCCAUAAAAGACGAUAUUUACUACAGCAAACUGCACUAGAAGUGUUCUCAAGUGAUGGCAGAAAUCAUUUCCUUGUUUUCCCAAAGUCUGUUCGAAAYAAGGUCUACGAGAAAUUAUUGACCACUGCAUCAACUCAGCUGGUGAGCGCCGAGGAGUCCAUUUCUGGCAUGAAAAGAGACACUGAUGUCGAAACUGGUGUUGGAAUCAUUAAUAGCCUAAUGGGAGAACGGUCUGUUACUCAGCGCUGGGAGCGUGGUGAAAUCACGAAUUUCCAAUACUUAAUGCACUUAAACACGCUAGCUGGACGUUCUUACAAUGAUCUCAUGCAGUACCCAGUGUUUCCUUGGAUACUAGCCGAUUAUGACUCAGAGGAGCUAGACCUCACAGACCMUAAGACUUUCCGAGACUUUUCCAAACCGAUGGGUGCCCAAGGCUUGUCUAGACUGGAACACAUCAAGAAAAGAUAUAGAGAAUGGGAGGACCCUACAGGUGAGACACCUCCAUAUCACUACGGCACCCAUUACUCAUCUGCUAUGAUCGUCUCGUCGUAUCUGAUCAGAAUGGAACCCUUCAGUCAACACUUCCUACGACUACAGGGAGGACAUUUCGAUCUUCCUGAUCGUUUGUUCCAUUCAAUCAAAGACAGUUGGUUAUCAGCUUCAGAGACCAACAUCCACGACGUCAAGGAACUCAUCCCCGAGUUCUUCUACUUGCCAGAGUUUCUUACAAACCACAACACCUUUGAUCUCGGUACUAAACAAAGUGGAGAACCGCUGGGCGAUGUWCUUCUGCCACCGUGGGCUAAAGGUGAUCCRAAAGAGUUCAUUCGACUUCACAGAAAGGCSUUAGAGUGUGACUACGUAAGUGCCCGCCUUCAUGAAUGGAUUGAUUUGAUCUUUGGUUACCGUCAGCAAGGUCCAGGCGCUGUUGAGUCGUUCAAUGUUUUCCAUCAUCUGUUCUAUGAAGGGAAUGUAGAUAUUCACGGYAUAGAUGACCAGGUCAAGAAAUCAGCUACCAUUGGCUUUAUCAAUAACUUUGGACAAACACCAAAACAGCUUUUCAAAAAGCCUCAUCCACCAAAGAAAGUAUUCCGUGCUGUAGAACCUGACUUGCAACAAGGUGCUACCAGUGCAGUCUUCUUUCAUAACCUGCCCAACCUGGUUCCCUCGGUCCAACCUGUGAAAGAGCUCAAAGGUCCAGUUGGACUCAUCUACCAAUCAGAACGAGGAUUACUACCAGCUGUAGAACGCAACAAGCUGUUGAUACCACCCAACUACAAUCGCUGUAUUGCUUGGGGUUUCGGAGAUUUGAGCAUGCGCGUUGGGUACUACGAAACUGACAAGGGUAUGAGUGUGUAUGAAAAUUUCCACAUUGGUCAAGUUCUUUGUGCUGCUUGUCCUGACUCGCGAACUCUCAUCACAGGAGGAACAAGCUCUCUUGUCUGUGUAUGGGACAUUGUUAAGGGUGCUGGCAAGAAGCCUCAGUUAAUCCUUCACGAGGUUCUGUAUGGUCACCAAUCGUCCGUCACGUGUYUAGCAGUAUCUACGUCAUACCAGCUGAUCGUCAGCGGAUCAGAGGACCAAACAUGUAUUAUAUGGGAUUUGAGUAAACUCAGCUAUGUACGACAGCUAUCGGACCACGCAGCACCGAUUACRGCCAUAGCUAUCAAUGAACUUACGGGCGAUAUAACGACCUGUGCUGGUACGUAUCUAUAUGUUUGGUCAGUCAACGGACAAUUGAUUGUUAAAGACAACACGUCGCUUCAAACUAACAAUCAUAUACAAUGCUGUGCAAUGUCCGAGUUGUCUGACUGGGAUGAAGAGAAUGUUAUUCUCACAGGGUCGUUAGAUGGAGUUGUCAGGAUGUGGGGCAUUGAGUUUUAUAACGAAGCCGAGAGUACGAAGAAGUAUCGAAAAUCUGUCAGCGAGCUCUCUCCUGUCAAAGAAGACGCUAUAGAUUCAUCUACUGAUAAGGAAUCCCACGAUAAGUCCGAAAAUCCAACUCCAGAUCCAGUUCCAGAUAUUCCAGAGGAAGACCUUGACUCUGCCAUUAAAGAAAGUUCAGAAAACGACACUAAACCCUCCUUGGAUGAUAAUGACAAAACAGAUCCUGUGACUACCCCCGAGGGGCAAGAAGACACMGACCUCCCUUCAAGGGCACCAAAAUUGUCACAAGUCAAGCAAUACUCAUCAAAUCUUGAUGAGGAGUACGUUAUUAUUGAGAAUGCCAAGAGRAAAGAGCCCAGAGGAGUACAGCAAUCCAAACCAGUUUGGCGRCGCCGCUUGACAUUACGUCACAAACUGACCAUGCAUACGUCAUUUGCGAGAGAAGACAACRUUGCUCCUGCUGCUGUAACGGCUCUUUUGAUAUCCAAGGAUCAUCGUAAACUGUUCGUUGGAGAUGGUCGAGGUCGAAUUUACAGUUGGUCGGUUACCGAUGCUGCUGGACGAAUGCCCGCUGACCACUGGAUUAAGGAUGAGGGCGCAGAAUCGUGUUCACARUGCGGUGUGCGAUUCACGUUUUCUGAACGACGUCAUCACUGUAGAGACUGCGGCAAGCUGUUCUGUGCUAAAUGCAGUAAAUACGAGUCUUCCAUCCAGCGUCUACGCAUYUACAAACCAGUCCGCGUUUGUAAAAACUGCUUUGAUCAACUCAAGAAAGAACAGCCAAAGAGUUUUAUCAUGUAAYAUAGUGACGUCAUGGUGACCUGGUGACGUCAUACAUGAACCCGCUGUUGACGUAGCGAUUACCUGUAAAAUGAUGAUGUCAUACAAUGAACUGCCAAAAAAAACUAAACGUUUUACGAUUUAAGAUACAUCAUAGAAAUGUCAUGACCACAUGAUGACGUCAUGCUUAUAUGUGUUAUGACGUCAUCUCAUUUGUAUAUAUGGUCCCUGAAGUGACAAAAAUAGUCAAAAAUAUCUCCCGUGUAAGACAUACAUUGUGAUAUCAAAAUGCCGUCAUGCCCAUAUGAUGACGUCAUGAUGACACUAUAUUAUAAUGACGUCAUGCUUAUCUUAUAGAAUUUAAUAAUYAAUUAGCAAAUAAAUAAAUUUCAAUAUCGGAAGUAGGAAAUAGUAAGCGAUAUUUGACAACAGAGGACCGCAACAAUCGAUAUUUCCUCUCUGUUUCGUUUUAUUUUCCACURAAAUGACAUAAGUUGCUGUAAAUACUAAAAUUUGACAAGGAGAGAUAAUAUAUAUGUAUAAAGCAGAUUACGUAGACCACAUUAUACCUGUAUAUUUUUUUAAUUACAACUUUUACACUGUUAUUAUUUUUAUUUUCUCAGACAAUCAAUUUUUACCUUUUGUCAAUAAUUACAUAUUCUGUUAUUUUAUUUUGCUUAGAGGAGGUGGUCGUUAAAUAAAGGUCUGUUGUCAUUUUUAUGUAAUUAUAUUGAAGACUAUGUGUUGUCUCGUGCAAUGCAUUAUUUUUAGUUAUUAAAAUUUUUCUGCUUAAUA